CCAGCACCCGUCCUUCACCUUCACCUCGCUCAUACCUACUGCAUACACCGCUGAUCGGUCGGAGAGGGGCCAAUUUGUGCAUAGAUUAGUCGUCUAUGUUGAUUGUCCACCCAAGUUCGACGUGCGACAUCUGUCUAGACGGUUAUAACUGGACGACCCCGGCGAAUGCGCCUCACGCGAUAGCCUGUGGCCAUGUCUUCUGUCUGCGAUGUCUGCGAUUGCUGCAUCCGAGCACAUGCCCCCUCUGCCGCAAAGCCUUCCAGCCUGAUCGUAUCAAGAAGCUACAUGUUGACCGUCUGGCCACAGGCGGCGACGACGACGAUCGAACACAGGCCGAAGAGUCCGAGCUGAUCCAGCAUGUGGCUCUGUUCUUCGGUGAGAAUACCCCAGAUGAGGAUGUCAACGCCGUAUUGGGCGAAGUCCACGAUUGGCUUGCUCUUCAAGGAGACAACCCAAGCUCCCAUCGUGCACUGCGCUCUGCUGUUGCUGCCCUUCAUAGAUACAAGUCUCUUCAACAGGAGAGUCGCGUGGACAAGCAAUCAAUACGAGACCUCAUGGAAGAAUACGAUAGGAAGAUACGUAUCAAGGACCAGGAUAUCAAGACUUCCCGUGCGAUUGAAGAGAACCUGUUGGAGGAGAUCCAUACAAUAGAUGACAAGUGGCGCAGCUUGAGCGCCUCGAAGCUGAACUCACCUCUUUGCGUUCUGCGCAACCAAAGACGUCAACUCAAUUAUCGGCUCAUUGGAUCUGUCACAUACAGAAAGCGCGAAGAUUCCGAAUGCGACCUCUCCUGUGCAAGAGGCCGCCACAUCACAAGGCGCCACAUCCCAUCUACCGGGUCCGUCAGACAUGUCCAGGUCGCAAAGCCAAUCGUAUCCCACUUUCCACCGCCGGACAUGUCACGAGCAUACAGCCUAUCAAACCCUCUCCCUGCUCCUCCAGACAUGUCGAGGAUUCAAACUUCUCUAACCCACUUCCUGAGCCUCCGAGGCCCGUGUCCCCAGACCGUCUCGCUUCGAUGGGCCGCUCACCUGCUAUUGCUAGCAACUCUGAAAUUCGCAGAACGACGUCCAUGUCCAGUAGCGGAUCAGCAUCGCUCAAACUGUCACCGGUUCGCAGACCCCAUCUACUGUUUGGUCCGGGUUCGAAGACCCACACGCAUUACGGCGCGAUCGAACCCUGCGUACGCCCGUGCUCGUACCCGGAGCCUCAUCGAUGCGGAAGGUAGUACCCCCUCGUCCUACUGAACGCGAGAACCCUAGGAUUACUCCCGGACGAACGUGGAACCCCCUCGAUACCCCUGCUCCCAGUAUGCCUCCCCCGCAGGCUAGUCCCGCAGACGGUAGUGUUCCUCUGCGACGUGGGCAGGACGACCAGGGUCAAACUGUGUAUUAUCAGUACGGUUGGGUACCCGGGACUGGGUAUGCUUGGUUCCAGGUGCCCUACUCUUCCCCGUCGCAGGCGUCUCUUGCGUCCGCUCGUUCGAAUGGCACAGCAGGACCCU